CACUCUUAUUUUCCGUGUGACUUCAUAAAAACCAAUCUAGGACGCAGCAACACAGAACUAUUACUUAUUACUUAGUUUGUAGCGUUUCUCAAAAACCAUCUUAGCUAGUAUUAUUAUUUUAGCAUACGCAAUAUAUGUAAAAUUAUUAAGUCAAAAUGAAAGGCAUUUGAAUAUAAAGUUUCACAUAGUUAACAGUUGUUACAAGUGUCGUUUAUGUACAUACAUAUAUGUACAAAUUCCGUGUACAAAUAAAAUUGUGAUGAUUUACAUAAAAUUUAAAGAACUUUUGUGAUUUCGUCUUCGAAAAGUUUGCAACAAAAGACAUCUCCCAAGGAACACCAAGCCUUUUUUUUAAAGAACUAUUAAAAAUUAGUACUGCAUUUUAAACGUCUCUUUAAAAAUGCAUAUUCAAGCUAAACUUUUAAAAAUGUAAAUUUUAGGUACAUUUAUUAUAGGCAUGUACAAUAUUGCAGCUAAUUAAACACAGAUUUUUUUGGACUUGACCGUAAAACUAAAAAAGGAAAAAAAAAAAAACUAUGAACGCAUCACAGCAGCAGCCAACGCCGUCGCGGCCACUAAAUCAAUUUUCACAUCAAGAAAAUAACAAAAAUAAUCUUGAACAUCAACAUCAACUAGCAUUCGCGGAAAGUGCGCUUAAAAGUCAAAUAAAAAUAAAGCAACAAUUGCGACUACACCAACAGCAAGAACAACAACCAGAAUCGACGAUGUAUAACGCCGCCGAGAUGGCGGUAUCUUACCUAAAAACCCAAAAUUAUUCCGCAGAUGAGAGGCCCUUACAUCAGCUAGAGUAUAGAACAUCACCUGUUCAUCAUCAUCAUAUAGCUACAUCCUCUCAACCAAAGCAACAACCUCUAGCAAAUAAAAAAGCAUUAAUAAACCUCGAUAAUACCACGCAAAGCACUUCGAUUAACUCUUUGGUUAACACAUCGAUCAGCCCUUCGAUAAACAAUACAAAUUAUUAUCCCAAAGGCAGCAUGUUAUCGAUAAGAAGUGAACAACAAUCGCAGCAGCACUCGGAUUAUAUUAUAUCCGAUUAUAUGGAUAAAAUAGCAACUAGAAUAAGUUUGCUUGAAACCGAAUUAAAGUUUGCCUGGCGUGCUUUGGACUUGCUCUCCAAUGAGUAUGGCAAGAUUUGGAUUCGGUUGGAGAAGUUGGAGAACAUAUCGCUAGAACAACAAUCGGUGGUUAGUAAUCUAAUGGGACUUAUUCAAAAUCAGACGCAGAAUCAAAGUAAUAUCGACGCUCUACAGGAAUUCCAGGAGACAUUUCAUAGCUUUGAAGAUGAAAAUCAUCAAUUGUUAAUGGAUGAAGAUACACUAGAUAUUGACAUCAAACCGUUACAAACUCAAGAAUAUAACGAUGAUCAGGAUCUCACCGUAAUAAGGGAUGCUGAUGUUUUUCAGAGUGCUGGCUUAGAAUCGUCUAAAAUGGUUAAUUAUCCAUAUUUGAGUUACGAAACAUUGCAUGAAAGUAAUAUUAUAAAUGGCUUAGAUAUGGGUGAAACAUUACUCAAAGAAUCAAGGAAAAAACUCUAUUCCGAUUCUGAUCUAAUGUUAUAUGAACAGCAACAAAUUCAAGCAAAUAAUGCUCGUUGCGAGCUAAUGAAGGAAUUUAUAAAUGGGAGACGUGUCUUAAACGAGAUAGCGUCAGGAACCCCACAAGCUCAAACUCAAAGUGCCCGAAAAUGUACGAAUUUCGGACAAUCAAAGGAGGACUUGGAUAAAAUGAGACAGUCUUCCAAUAGCGAGUUAGAUAAUCUAAUGGAUGAUAUCAAUUUUUUUCGCUUAGCAGCCUCUAAAACGGACGUCGGCUCGGACCAAGUAUUGCCCAUAGAAGAUACUGGAGGAACGACGAUCAUACAGAUUCCUCAAAAAUGUAAUAAUGAAGUUAAUGAAUCCUUUUACAAGCAACUCAAUGAAGCUUGUAGGGACAAUGAAUUGAGUUCCGAAAUAUUGAAAGUUGAUGCCUUGUUACAUAAUUCAGCAGGAGAUUCCAGUCAUGGUCAAUGCCAAGCCUCAUUUAUUUUAAGAAAUCAGUCGGAGAAGGGCAAUACUUUGCUAGAUUCUGCAAAGAUAUCGACAAAGGAGUCGAUAAAGGAGUCCAAGAAGCAUCGAAAAAAGAAGCAUCAUACUAGUGAAAUGGAUAUGAUAAAUAAAUUAAAAUCUAUACUAGCACAAGCUUCAACUGGUCAUAAUAACGACGAUGGCGAAUUCGAUAAUGAAAGAUCGCUUAUCGAGAUAACGGAGAACCAAAAUGCAGUUAACAAGUUUGGCGAUGAUGCAUCGAUAAUUUUAAACAAUAUCACAAAGAGUUUAAUGGAGGAAAUUAACAAAAUUCCAGGACUUCAAACAUUAAGUGCAACGCAAAUAAAUAAACUUCGUGAGACCGUUUGGAAAGAAUAUUCGUUUUUUCAAAAGGUCAGGCAAGUUGAUAAGAAUUUAACAUUGCUUCUGCUUAAUCCGAUAACAGUAAGUGAAGAAUUACGCUCACUCGGAAUAACGAAUAUCGAUGAAAAGUUUGUUUUGGUUAUAAAGAAGUUUAGUAAAAAUAUUCUUACACUAAAAAAACUUGUGGGAAGCUCCUUGGACGAAAUGAAAUCGAGGGACGAGUCAUCCCUUCUAUUAAACUCACAGUCACAAAGUCAGAGUUCUUGUAUUCCAACCUUAUUACGCAAUAACUCCGAUUUGGAUGAACAAUUAAAAGUUCUCGAAACCCAAGAGAUUGAGAUAAAUCGAAAAAAGAAAAUUGAACAAAUUGUAAGUGACAAAGAAAACCUGCAGGAUCUUAAUUUCUUAACCAUGUCCUCUAAAAACAUUUACAGCGAAGAUGAGUAUAUAAAGUCCUUGAAGAGAAGCUUGGAACGUCACAAUAGUAUGAUGUUUUUGUUGCAUUUUCAAAAUCCUGAGAAGCUCAAAAAUGACAUGAUCAACGAUGAUGUUCUUCUAAUGGAUUCAAUUCGAGGCAGUCCUAGUCCUCCGCCACCUGCUCCAUUCGAUAAUCCUUCUCUCUAUGUGGAAUCAGUAGAAGCUCAAAAUUAUCAAAAAUAUACAAAAUCCGAUUCGGGAUUAUCUUCAAUGAGCGGUUGGUCACCCAUUAUAUCGCCGGUAGUAACAGUUGGUAAACAAAAUAGUAAUUAUUUUAUAGAAUCAAGAAAUAAUGAAAUAUAUUCAUUGGAAUUGUCAUUAGAUAAGCAAAGAUCCAAGUCAACAAUCACUAAUGAUUAUAUAAUAACGGAGGAGAACUUAAACUACAUUCAUGAGCUUUCAAAAAAUUUACCUAUAUGUUCUGCCUAUGAGAACAAGUCAAUAUUUAAUGGAAAAGAACAGUUUUCAACAGUUGAUGAAAUGCUGGAAUGGGAUCAGUUAAAUCAAAGAGAUAAAAAUGUUGGUAAUUCCGCGGGAAUGCCUGAUUUAUUGACAAAUCAAACACCUAAACGCUUCCUGAACGAAGAAGUAGAUCAACAUGCAAACAUAUCACUAUAUAAUACUGAUUUAAAUGAAACUCGGGAACAACUAAGACGACCUUAUUUGACCGAUAGACUUGUUUAUUAUCCCUCAUCAAACUACAUCACCAAUUAUAAUAGCAGCAAUAAUUUGGAUUACUUAGGUCAAGGCAGAAUUAGAGAAUCCUACAAAUCCAAAACUAUACCAAUUCCUUCUGAGGACCAGCCAUCUGUUCAUAUUAUGGAAUAUUCUGGUGUUGUGGAUCUUGCAACAUCAAGACGAUCAGAGCUCAAUUCUGCUGAUCAUUCCCACCAAAGACUUCCAGCAGAUGUACCAACUGCGGGCAAGCCAGUUAAAGUUUGGAACAAGUUAAACACUAUUUUAUCUGACAAUCUUAAGUUAAAGAAAAUAGCCAAACUAAAUCGAUCACUAUCAUUACCCGCUGAAGUUCAAAGUCAAGGUAAAAAUCAGAAUCAAAAAAAGAAACAGACACGUGGCCAGGCGGGCUCAUUUCCGUUUAUUUCACACAUUCGCUCUGAAAGCGGAAGUGGUAGUCAAAAGCAUUUAUCGAAGAGGCUGCAAAAGCUACCAAUGCGUAUUAUAAGAACAGCAACAACAGGAGCCACGUUCAUAAGGCGCCUGUCCCAUCCCGAAGAAUCUAUUGGCGCAUCAGAUAUUGAUACUGCUGUUGGUAAUACCCCUAAAAAAUCGCUUAAAUCAAAAAUGAAUCAUAUAAUGCGCAAGGCAAAGACAUAUAAACGGCAUAACUUGCGCCUGAGCCGCGGCUGUAGCAUAUCGGAUACUGAAUUAGAUAAACCUAAUGACGGUUAUGACUGUAUUUCACUGGAUAAUGAUAAUGAUGAGGGGUGUUCCUUAUAUGGAAUUGAUAUUAUUGAUAGCAAUGAUGAUGAGGCUUGUGGUAUAGAUGAAAGCCAAGAGGUUAGAGACCUUUUUGCUGUUGUUGGUGACCUCAAAAAAAUUGCAAAUACUACUGCUGAGGUUCCACCGAUUGCUGUAAACGAAAUUAAUGACAUGUGCUAUAAUGUUGAAAAUAAGACUAUAAAAAUGCCAGAGAUUCACUUGGAAGCAACUCCAUCAUCGCAACAUGCGACGUGUGUUCAUAGAGUGAGCUCAGUUUAUGUUGAGGAGGUUGUCGACGAUGACACAAGUCGCGCUCUACAAGAGAACUCUUUUAGUGCUGAAGUAAAUGUCAUUCCCACAUUCAAAAUACAAACCACAGAAGGAGGCGGAGAAGGAAACACCCUUAUUACCACAUUCCCAUCACAGCAGCAAUGGACUUUAGAUCUACCCAACAGUAAUAUUCGAGAGGAUGAUGACAAUCGCAGUCAGCAUUCCACGAGAACUCUGUCAUCGUCGCGUCGUCAAAGCACUGAAGAUAGUAUCGACACGGAUGACGAAUAUUUUCAUUAUGAGCUUCGUCAGUUGGAACAGGAACAGGAAAUGCAACGGUUAGCACAACAUUCAGAAAACGUAAAUGAACCUAUUGCGAAUGACAAUGAAGUUUUAUUUUCGCAAAUUGGCCAACUGCUUCAAAAUUCCGACGCUUUUCAGCCACCCGAACCUGAAAAGGGAUCAAAAGAAAGUUGUGUUAAUUAUUCUCCCGAUGAACAGGUUAAAUUGCUUAUGGGUGAGGUAUUUAGUGAAUUGAAAAGAAUUGUUCGGUUAGAGGAAGGUAUAGUUAAAGAUGAUACAACAACAUCCGCAUUCAUCGAUGCAUUUCCGAAAGUAAAACCACAUCGUGAGAAAAUCUCGACUGUCCUUGAUAUGCAUAGCGCCUGGCAGGAUGUCAAUGGCUGUGAAUUGCCAUUUGUAGCAUCUGACAUGGACUCUCACGAGGAAGAAGUUGAGAGGAAGAACCAAAGACCCAAGAUAAAAAAGAAGAGAAAGCGUGAUAGCCAAAAAUAUAGUAAUGCCAGUUCAAGUUCAUCGUGCCAUUCCCAAAAUAAAAGUAAUCAGCGUUCAACCGAAUCCGAAUCAGAAAAAAUCGAUAAAUCAAUCAAUAUAUCGUCAGGCUCUAGCGAAACAUCUGGUCCCGAUUCGCCGGCAGAAGAGCUGAGCGAUGUUAAUGAUGAGAUGAGUAAAACUGGCAUUCCGGGUAAAGAAAAAGAAGAUGGUGCAGAAAAAAAAGGAAUAACUCCAAAUACCGUAGAAUUACAUGAUAUAAAUAGAACCACAAUUACUACUUCGUCGUAUCCUGCGCAAUGCUUAAGUCCAACAAAAUCAGUUCAUAAUCAGUUGUCAGAGGUAGAAAGUUCCCUUGCGCUAGAUAAUGGUGGUGCCAGUAAAUGGAAACUAUUGAAAACAUUAAAAGAGCGAAAAAUUGAAGAGAAAAAUAAUCAGGAAAAGGUUAAAGAUGAUGACAAAGACAAAGAAAAGAAUGGUGUCGGAAGUGGAGAUGUGGGUAUACGUACCAAUGGCCAUCCCGGGGAUAAUCCUUUUUAUAGCAACAUUGACAGUAUGCCAGAUAUACGGCCUAGACGUAAAUCUAUACCUCUUGUUUCGGAGCUGGUUCUGAAGACGAUGGCAGCUACGAAGCGAAAUGCAGGACUCACAUCAGCUGUUCCCCGCGCCACGCUCAAUGACGAAGAAUUGAAAAUGCACGUCUACAAAAAGGCAUUACAGGCCCUCAUUUAUCCCAUAUCCUCGACGACGCCACACAACUUUCUAUUAUGGACUGCCACGUCGCCAACGUAUUGCUACGAGUGCGAAGGUCUAUUAUGGGGAAUAGCACGACAAGGUGUCCGAUGCACCGAAUGCGGUGUGAAAUGUCAUGAAAAGUGCAAGGACCUGCUAAAUGCCGAUUGCCUGCAGCGUGCUGCUGAAAAGAGCUCGAAGCAUGGUGCUGAAGACAAGGCCAAUUCUAUAAUUACAGCAAUGAAGGAUCGCAUGAAGCAGCGAGAACGAGAGAAACCCGAGAUAUUCGAACUGAUUAGGAUGACAUUCGGUGUGGAUCCCGACACACACAUAGAUUCAUUAGAACAGGCUGAGCACGCUACUGUUGAGGGAACAUCUAAAUGGUCAUGCAAACUAACAAUCACAGUGAUUUGUGCUCAAGGCCUGAUAGCGAAGGAUAAAAGCGGUACCAGUGAUCCAUAUGUGACGGUGCAGGUUAGCAAGGUGAAAAAAAGAACGCGAACUAUGCCGCAGGAACUUAAUCCUGUGUGGAACGAGAAGUUUCACUUCGAAUGCCACAACUCUUCCGAUCGCAUUAAAGUGCGCGUUUGGGACGAAGACAACGAUCUAAAAUCAAAGCUACGUCAGAAAUUAACACGCGAGUCUGAUGAUUUUUUGGGUCAAACUAUAAUUGAAGUACGGACAUUAUCCGGUGAAAUGGAUGUAUGGUAUAAUCUGGAAAAGCGUACUGAUAAGUCUGCAGUAUCCGGGGCGAUACGACUUCACAUAUCGGUUGAAAUCAAGGGCGAGGAAAAGGUUGCUCCAUAUCACGUUCAAUAUACCUGCCUACAUGAGAACCUCUUCCAUUAUCUUUGUGAGGAAAACACGGGAAUGGUUAAGUUGCCGACGCAAAAGGGAGACGAAGCCUGGAAGCUAUAUUUUGAUGAAAUUCCCGAAGAAAUCGUAGACGAGUUCUCGAUGCGCUACGGCAUUGAGAAUAUUUAUCAAGCAAUGACCCAUUUUCAUUGUCUGUCUGCGAAAUAUCUGUGCCCUGGAGUUCCUGCUGUGAUGAGCACUUUGUUGGCCAACAUUAAUGCAUAUUAUGCUCAUACGACUGCUUCUUCAGCGGUUUCUGCCAGUGAUCGAUUUGCAGCUAGCAAUUUCGGGAAGGAGAAAUUUGUCAAGUUAUUGGAUCAAUUGCACAAUUCUCUUCGCAUAGACUUAUCCAUGUACAGAAAUAACUUUCCCGCAUCGAGUCCUGAGAAAUUAAUGGACCUGAAGUCUACAGUUGAUCUAUUAACCAGCAUUACAUUUUUCCGUAUGAAGGUACAAGAACUAUCUAGCCCCCCAAGAGCCAGUACAGUGGUUAAAGACUGCGUUAAAGCCUGCUUAAGAUCUACAUAUCAAUUCCUAUUUGAGAACUGCUAUGAAUUAUACAACAGAGAGUUUCAGGUUGAUCCCAACGAAGCAAAACGUGCUCCGGAUGAUCAUGAGCCUAAGCUGGAUAGCGUUGACUUUUGGCACAAGUUAAUAGCUUUGAUCGUGUCGGUAAUUGACGAAGAUAAAAACAGCUAUGGCACUGUCUUAAAUCAAUUUCCACAAGAACUAAAUAUUGGACAGUUAUCAGCAUCUUCCAUGUGGCAUCUAUUUGCCGUGGACAUGAAGUAUGCCUUGGAGGAGCACGAACAGCAUCGUUUGUGCAAAUCAUCGGCAUAUAUGAAUCUGCAUUUUCGGGUUAAAUGGCUCUACAGCAACUAUGUUAAGGAAGUGCCACCCUAUAAGGGGGCUGUACCUGACUAUCCCGCCUGGUUUGAGCCAUUUGUAAUGCAAUGGCUUAACGAGAACGACGAUGUAUCGUUGGAAUAUCUUCACGGCGCCUUCAAGCGAGACAAAAAAGACGGGUUUCAAAAGAGCAGCGAGCACGCACUUUUUUCAAAUUCGGUUGUCGACGUUUUUACACAAUUGACGCAAUGUUUCGAUGUUGUUAGCAAGCUCGAGUGUCCUGAUCCAGAAAUAUGGAAACGUUACAUGAGGCGUUUUGCUAAAACAAUCGUAAAAGUGCUAAUAGCAUAUGCUGAUAUUGUUAAAGUCGAAUUUCCCGAUCAUAUGAAGGAUGAGAGAAUCGCCUGCAUCCUAAUGAACAAUAUUCAACAACUAAGAGUGCAGUUGGAAAAAAUGUUCGAGUCGAUGGGUGGAGAUAAGCUUGAAGAGGAUGCAGCCAACAUUCUGAAAGAAUUGCAACAGAAUCUCAAUUCAGCACUGGAUGAUUUGGCUUCACAAUUCGCCAUCAGUUUGGAGCCCCGCAUUACGCAAUCUGUUCGAGAACUUGGAGAUAUGUUACUCUCUAUCAAGGGAGGCAGUUCUUUGACACCUGGCAAUCAAGCGGCUCAACGUAACGCCGUCGCCGUGGAAGCUGAUGAGGUGUUAAGGCCGCUUAUGGAUCUACUGGAUGGCUCCCUAACUCUCUAUGCACAAUCGUGUGAGAAAACCGUACUAAAGCGAUUACUCAAGGAGCUCUGGAAGAUUGUGAUGCGAAUUUUGGAGAAGACUAUUGUUCUGCCACCGAUGACUGAUAAAACGAUGAUGUUUAAGCACCUUACGGACAAUGCUAAGAAUCUGGCAUCUAAUGCCAAAAUCGAGGACAUGGGCCGCUUAUUCAAGUCUCAUAUGGCGGGUAAACAGGAUGUUAAAAGUGCGCUUAGCGGUGUUAUGGACAUAUCAAAAGAAGUGGAAAAAAACUUAUCGCCAAAACAGUGUGCCGUGCUAGAUGUUGCCUUAGAUACAAUUAAACAAUACUUUCACGCCGGUGGCAAUGGACUGAAAAAGACAUUUCUUGAAAAAUCAUCCGAACUGCAGAGCCUACGUUACGCACUGAGCUUGUACACGCAGAUGACCGAUACUUUGAUAAAGACCUUUAUAUCCAGCCAAGUUCAUGAAGUUGAUCCCGAAAACGCCGAGGAAAGUGUCGGCGAAAUUUCCGUUCAAAUCGAUCUAUUCUCGCAUCCAGGCACCGGGGAGCACAAAGUAAACGUUAAAGUGGUGGCUGCUAACGAUCUAAAGUGGCAGAUACCGUCGGGCAUGUUCAGGCCGUUUGUGGAAAUAAAUCUCAUUGGGCCGCAUCUACAGGAGAAAAAGAGGAAAUUUGCCACCAAGUCAAAGUCAAAUAAUUGGUCGCCAAAAUACAACGAGUCAUUUAGCUUCACCAUUGGCAAUGAGGAGCAGUUGGAUUUCUUUGAAUUGCACAUAUGUGUGAAGGACUAUUGCUUUGCUCGUGAUGAUCGACUUGUGGGCGUUGCUGUUAUUCCACUAAAAGAUAUUUCGGAAAAGGGUUCGGUUGCUUGCUGGUUGCCCUUAAUGCGACGCAUUGAAAUGGAUGAAACAGGCUGGACAAUUUUAAGGAUAUUGUCACAACGCAAUAAUGACGAAGUGGCCAAAGAAUUCGUUAAACUUAAAUCGGAAAUACGACAAGAGCCAACAAUGGGCACAUAAAUAAGUCUGUCUGAAAUGUUUUUUUUUUUCUGUAAACUUCUUAUAUACAUUUUUUCCUAAUUCUAUUGGACUUUAGUUUUCAUUUAAUAUUCUGAUAACAAGUAUUAACUUAACUAAAGCCAUAUGUAUCCAUACACAUAUGUAUAACCAAAACACACCAAAUAUAUAUUCACAUCCACAACCUUUUUGGGGCUAGAGCUGGCAAAACAUCAAUAGCUGUGAUGGUUUGGUCCGUUAUAUUAAAACGGGUAAAAAAUCCAUUUCAUGAUUCUCUUGAUUUUUCAUACAUAUUCUAAUAUAUUUAAAACAUUUUACCUUUAGUGUAUAAAUCUCAAAAUAAAGCUUAGACUAACAUAGGAUAAAUGUGGCGGACGAAAAAUGUUGCAGACAAACUAAAUGUUCUGAGCAUCAUAACUAAACAGCUGUAAUUUUGCUUUCAAAAUAAAUGAAUUUAAUUAUUUUUAAAUCCAAUAUGAAUGGUAAUUAAAAAAAACAUUCGCAUUGAGCGCUAUUUUAGCCGUUAGAAAAGGAUUUAUUUAAUAAAUGCCGUAAUGACAGGGUCCAUUUUAUGAUAUUUAGUUCACAAAGACAUUUUAAAUGAGGAAUGUUUCAGUUAUUUGGCGCCGUUUGUGCUUCAAGAUGUUAUCCUUUAGAAAUAUAACGCCUAAUACAUCCAUUAAUAACAUUCCAACAUCCCAUUCGUUGAAAUAUAUAUUUUUUUUUUGCUUUAAAAAGUUCGAAUUUGCUAAGUUCUGCUGAAUUAUUAUUAUUUUUUUUAAUUAUUUGACAUAAGUGGCAAUGUGAUCCUUUUUCGCAUUUUCUCUAUAUUAUUCGAUCAAACUGCUUCCCGAUCAAAAUAUAUAUCAAAUUUCGCUCGGAACUUUUCGAAAGCAAAUUUAUCUGAUGUUAGUACUAAGCUUUGAAAAACAAAUUGACCUUACCGCUUCUGCGAAAACAUUGGUAUCACAGUCAAUAGCAAAGAUUAAUUUAUAAAUAUAUAUAUAUAUUUAUUUUAACGUCAAAAUAUAAAAAAAAAAAUAUAGUUAAUAGGGACCCAAAAGAAUUUAUUCCUUUUUCUUGACUUAUUUUUUGUCUAAAACUUAUUAAGGGUCGACCAAAAUGUUAUUGCGGAUAUUAAUGUUUUGUAUCCUCUAGCAAACUAGUUAUAAAAAAAUAUAGUCAGCGAUUGUGGUUGAAAUUACAAUUUAUUUUGCUCACUCAUAUAGACGCAAAAUACAAAAAUUAAUACAAAACAACAUUAAAAUAUUAAUACAAGAGUGAUCCAUCCGUAUAAAUUCGUACAUAUGUACAUAACAUAACAAAAAAAAUAAAACAUUUAAUUCAAAAUAAAAACACUGUUCAUCUGUACAUUCUAAGCGACACCUCCAUUGCACACAUUCCUAUUCAUGUAAAUAAAGUACCUGUAUAAAUAAAUAAAUAAAUAUAAAUUAUAUAAUUCUUCGUGAACAUUUGUUAACGAUAUUAUAUCUGGAUAAUAUUGUAAAAUGAAUGAAAUCUUUCUUUUUAUUGCAAUAAUAACAUUACAGGCUAAACUUUGGAAAAUAAAUAAUUCGCAUAGAAAAUCCUGUUCGCUGGCUUUGUUUCUUUUCUUUUCGGGUUUUAACAACGGAGCUUUAUAAUUUAAGAUAAGGUGAGGGUAGGAGCAACCUGAUCCCAGGAUGUGCUGAGAUUAGAAUAUAGAAAAGCGUUAAAGUUUUUCAUGAUUAAUAUACUUGCUUUCAUUGUAUUUUACUCUGCUGCCUUAUCCCAGUUGGCAAAUUAGCGGAUGGAUUCGAAAAAGAGAUUAAAACACGAUUAAAGAAGCGGACUUUACGUAUAACAAAUUCUCAUGAAACGUUCAUAAGUCUCGAAAACUCUACAUACAAAAGAAUCUAGGUCCGUUGUUACUAACUAUCGUGGAAUCGCUAAGCCCUCUGCCCUAGCUCUGUCAUUGGGUAGUGGGCUGCCUAACCCUUGCCCGUCACACACAUACAAAUGAACAUCGAUAAUCGACGUUAAACAACCCAAACAAUAUUUCAACUUUUGCUAACUUGACUGCAGUUUAUUAAAUAAAAAAUAUUUAUGCGAUUAUUUACAGCAAACUAGUAUGAUCCUAACAACCCAGUUCACUAAACUGGAAACUGGAACUUAUCCCACCAGCUCAGCCAGAAGAAGUCAUUUCCGACUCUACAAAGUCCAGUCGAUCUGCUCAUGUCCGUCUGUCUAUUCCUGCGCAAAAUAGUCCCUCAUUUUUGUAAUAAGUUAGUUAAUGAAAGUUAACAUUACUUUGAAUUUGUUCACCAUAUAUAUUUAAAAUAUCAAACCGCAAAGGUAUACAAAAUAUGGCGCGUCGAAAUUAGCUUUCUUUCUUGUUUUAAUUAAUU